AUGACAUUAUCGCGAUCACCCUCUCCCCACUCGGGCGGGGGGUGGUCCAGCCCGGGACUCGUUCCGGCCAGCGGCACCACAUCGCCAAACGGUCCAUCGCCCGGUUCAUUAUCGCCAGGCGGUAUUUCAUGGGCUGCAGCAAAGGCGAAAAGUGAUGAAGUGCGUGGGUAUCCAUCAUUCGCAACACGCAAUAGCGGCUUCUUCUCUCGACAGCGACACAAGAUCUCGAGUCGAUUUCCUAGCCUUCGAAGGCUUUCCUCACGUGAAUAUGUCGAUAAGGAUGAUUAUGGCCGAGAAUUAAAGCCUGCGGGUAGUGGAUGUGGCCUGCUAGGUGGAUUACGGAUGCCAGUGAGGCGAGGUCGGCUCCGCCUGCUGUUGGCAUUCUUGUUGGUGUGGAUUGGGUAUCUGUUUUUCUGGACGAGCAUUGUCCAAACAUACCGAAGAUCACCCAUCGGCGGCGGGAGCAAGUUCGUUAUCAUACUUGGGUCCAACGUGGAGGGCGGCGUCAUGGAGUGGAAGGGCGCACGUGAGUGGGCCAUUGAACGCAACAGCAUAUGGAACAAGAAAAGAUAUACAGAAAAAUGGGGCUACGAUCUCGAGCUGGCUAAUCUGCUCGCCAAGAAGCGAUAUUCACAUGAAUGGCGCGAGAGUUGGGAGAAGGGCGAUGUGAUCCGCGAAGCCAUGCGCAAGUAUCCAGACGCAGAGUGGUUCUGGUGGCUCGACUUGAACACCUGGGUUAUGGAAUACGACACAUCACUCCAACACCAUCUAUUCAAUGACCUUGAGUCGCACGUCUACCGCGAUAUCACCGCCUACAACCCUCUCAACAUCACCCAUCCACUCCCCGAGUUCUGGCUUGACGAGCUAGGUCGUUCAUUUGAGGGUGAUGGUCAGGCAGAUUCUUUGAAUAUGCUCCUGACACAGGAUUGCACCGGCUUUAAUCUCGGAUCGUUCUUCCUGCGAAGAUCUCUCUGGACCGAUCGCCUACUCGAUGUCUGGUGGGAUCCCGUCAUGUACGAGCAGAUGCAUAUGCAAUGGGAACAUAAAGAACAGAAUGCCCUAGAGUACAUUUAUCAGAGUCAACCGUGGGUUCGGAGCAGUGUUGGCUUUUUACCACAGCGCAGUAUCAAUGCUUUCCCUCCUGGCGCAUGCGGCGACGGAGAUAAUUCGGUCGUUCACUAUCAGCAGAACGCUCAUGAUCUCAUCGUGAAUAUGGCUGGAUGCAUGUUUGGUCGUGAUUGCUGGUCUGAAAUCUACUACUACCGCGAGCUCAGUAAUUGGCUUGGUCGGUCAGGUUGGGAGCGUUUCAGGGACGGUUUGACUGAUGUAUACGACCGAAUGAUGGGCAAAGAGGAUAAGGAUGACUGA